ACGCUGUGCUGUCAAAAUAAAUCGAACCAGAACAAGAAAACAAAACGAAAGGCAAGCUGCGAUAUAAUGUACAUUUGUGUAACUUGAGCUGGAUUUGUGAAAGAAAAACUUAGUAAAAGGUGCUGUAGUUACGAUUGCAAAUGCCGCGAGUGAGUGGGAAAGUUUAAAGUGUAGUGAGUGUGUGUGUGUGUGUGUGAAAGUGGUCUGUUUGUGAGGUUGCAAGUGUUUACCGUACCCGAAACUCUCCCCAUCGCAAAAUGAAUGAAAAAAUUCUCCAAGAGAUGGUGGAUGCCGAAAUGCCGCCAACAAAUGAUGUUCUGGAAUGGUUUUUGCAGUAUUUCAAGAAACAUGACGAGGCUCAUCAUCAACGCGGUCUGGAGGCGUUUGCCAGCUUCUUCAUCGGUUUCAUCCGUGCACAAACGGAAGACUCAUCAAAACUUGCCCCACCGAGAUGUGACACUCCGAGAAAGGUAUCGGUCGGCAACGUGCUCCAGCUUAAUCCGUCCGCUCAGCAGCGGAAACUGUCAAUCAGUGACGGCUCUUGUUACCCAAUGUCCGGUAUCCCAGGCGCUGCAACCCCGGCUGCCGAAGGUCAUGCGACAAAUAGGCCCGGCGAACUUGACACCACCGGAACACCACCGGUAAAUUUGAUAGCACGACAGCUCUUCGACCAUCACGGUGGUCUAUCGGGUGUGUGUGAGUCAGACCCAAAAUCGCCCGGCAAUUUUCGGACAUUGGAGACUUUGGCUAUCGAAGACGGUGAACUAGCGGGAGCAAUCGGUUACUCCACACCGAAACGAUUCCCACCACAAUUUGGUGCAGUCGAUGGGCAAUCUACGCCCGGCACUAACGACAACCAAUCCUUAUCACGCUGCAAGAACACCAAUGACGCUGGUUUCGCGACACCUCCCCGUACCAAUAAUGUGUCGCGAAGCGGUGGGGCCGGCAGUAUGCUGCUGUCCUUUACCAGCACCCCGAUCGCAGGUAGCCGUGGGAAGACAGCAACGGCACAUCACGGAUCAUCACGCAACGGAAGUCUGGAGGUCUCGUGUCCCUCGCCCAGCACGCCCGGUAAUGGAACACAGCGUCAAGAGCCGAGCGGAUUAAGCGAUGGUGGUGGUGGUACGAUCGGCCGGCGUAGGAAAUCCAGCUUGCCUUGCCUCGGAGACUACAUCGUAACGCACGCGACGAAACCGCAUCGUAAUCGUCGCUCGCCGUUUACGAACAACAACAGCGGCAGUAAUAAUGAACCCGGUGGCCUACAUUCCUCGAACGCACUGAACAGCAGCAGUCCCAUGUUUCAGGAUGAUGACUUUCCGCAGCUGAACGUGACUCCGAACAAGGACCAAACGGGCAAUGACGACAAUGGGCAAGGCGCGAAGAAGCGAGUAUCGCUCAAUGCCAAAACGUCGCUCAAUGAUUCGCAAGACGGUUCGCUGUCCGGUGUUGCCGGUGGAAGGAAGGCCGGGCAUCAAAGAAGGCGCAUCGCGCCAACGACCGUCAGCCGGACGGUAUCGGGCCGCCAUGACUUCAACUCAUCAUCGGUCCGCUCGGAAAACAAUCUCAUAGCAAUCGAGAGCCAUGAAGAUGCUAACCCCGAUCCUCGGGGCAUGUUGCGCAGUCUGAAGGAGGAGAUACGGAGCGAUUUUCUCCGGGCAGAAAAGGCACAGUUACAAAGGACCACCGUACGGGCGAAACAAUCGCUGCAAGCUUCUUUCGGUCAGGUUGACAGUGUCAUUCCUGUCGCUGAGCUUGACACAAGCAGUGCAAGCGAUGUCGUCCAAAACGAGGGUGAGAAAGCAUUGAAAGCGAUAUUGAUAAUCGAAUUCGAUAAAGUUACUCACAAGCCUACCAUCGAUCGGCUGGUAACCAUCUAUGCACUGCUGAUGGAUCUCAACCUGGUGCCAAAUAUGUUAAACGAGCUGGCCUAUCUUAUCAACCUAGUCAGCACGGAACGGUACAUUGCCCCGGUGCCCCAACGGCAACCCGAAACCACAUCCGCCCUUGCUGACAAUGCUCCGGCAGAGCUGUCGGGCGUGCUGCGUAGCCCACACAACUGUGUCUACUUUGCGACCGAAGUGCUUUACCACCAGCGGACACUGCUGGCACUGCUCGAUAGCACCUCGCUGCGAGUCGUGGUGGAGAACGAGCAGCUGGGGGCGCUGCAUCCGCCGUUGAACGGUUUCCUGCGAGACAUGCUGGCGCAAAAGAUGAAACUUGAGAACCCUUUCAUCAAUCCGGCUUCCAGCGGUGGUGAUCUGCUGCUGCUGAACAAUAGCAUUACCAACGUGUUCUACCAGCAAGAGAACGACACGAAGGAUCACUUUCCCUCAUCAAAGGAAUUCAGUGCAUUCAACAAGCAGCGCGAUCUGUUUUAUGCCGCCCUAAGAGUAUGGGAAACCGAACAUUUGAAUCCGACGUGGGAAUUCGAGGCGAAGCUCGGCUCGAAAGUCCGAGCAAUGCUGGACAUCCUCAACCAUCCAAUCAAUAUGUCCCAUUUGGCGAAACUGUUUAGUGCUCAGCUGAUCAUAUCGUUUAACUUUGACAACUCUGCCAGCGAGCUGCAAAUGGCGCUACCAAACAUCGACCUGACAAAGCUAUCGAAAUUACGGCAGCGGCUGGUGGGACCAAGCAUUUUUUCCACCCAGUAUCUCUUCCCCGGGAGUCAGAUGUUUUUUCGGGACUUUAUUGUGGCCACCGAAAAUCAUCAGAUGUUCAUCGAGCAACUGAAAGCGGUCCUGAUCCACGAGCUGCUGCAGAUGAACGGGUCAACGUACGAACUUUUCAACAUAUGCGGCGUGGAAAGUACGACCCGAUCGGAAUACGUGGUUCGCCCGGAAACAAUCGCCACGAUGCGCGUGCUGGCCAAAUUUAUCGGCUUCAUCAUCGCCCGCCCGUUCCAGUACGAAGGAUGCCGAAACACGAUAGUGGAAAACCGUCAAAUCGAGCUGCGUAAUAUGCUCUUGCCUCCAUUUGACGUACAACCCGUGCUGUUGCGAUCGGUUGCUGAGCACAAGCUCGUCAUAACCGUACCGUGGCUCGUUCAGUACCUUAGCAUGUUGGAUCUGGUGACGCUUCGCCUACGCUACUACGAAGAACUCUUCCGGAUGCUGCACGAUAUCUAUAAGGCGACGUCCAUGUGCAGCUUAGCCGUUGAUCGCGACUUGUUCGUAGUCCCUACGUCCAGGUUUAUCGUGCGAUGCUGUCUCGAUUGGCUUUUCGAGCAGUCCAACGUUCCGGAGGAGUACUAUAACGCGUCGGAAAUGUGUGUGAGCAGUGCUAUCACCAACAUUGUUGCUAAACGGACGGCUCCAUCGGAACACGCCGCCAGCAGUGGCAAACAUCCUAUAGCGUUUAACCCACUGCUGGAAAAUAUACUCAGCGCAGCCUGCCCAUUUCUGGCCGAUUUUAGGGUGUCCGUAAUGCCGUCCAAGGUGGAGAAAACCGUCUCCCGAACAGGCCGGUACCGUCACAUCACCACACGCGUCGUAACGCAGCAUCAACCGAGCGCAGUGAACGAACUGACCACCGCGCUCGACCUGUCUUCGCUAAACAUUUCCUCUGCGAGCGCUGGCCACAAUCGAUCGAAACCGUCGCACGGCAACGUGCAGCAACGGCUAGUGGAAGGAUUUCUGCAAUCACAAAGCCAAUCGUUGCGCCGCACAGUUGAGCUAAUCGUGGACCGCUCAACCUCGGCCGUGAUAAAGGACUUUCAAAUGAUGUUUAUUCUGCCCGAGAAAAAGACAGUCAGCGACGGUAUAGCCGCCGUGAGCGCGACGGAUUUGGAGGGCACAAAGCGAAGAAUCCAAAGCAUCUGCGACGAAGCGCUGGACCGCAUUAACAAUACCUGGGAGAGCCACGUGCCCAAAAUGCUAAACAAACGAAUCACGGAAUCGUUUGAUGCAUUGCUCCCGGCGGAAACGCUCGACCCGGUUCGCAAACUGUGUAGAAACAUUGCGCUCGAAAGGUGCCUUCAGAAAUCUAGCGAAUGGCGACAGGCUUACAUGUCCAUCACGGGCCUGUUCUGUAAGGAUGUGGAAGGUGAAGCGCAAAGCUUAAUACACAAACACCUGCACCAACAGCAGCAAGCAAACAAAACACUCUCAACCAAUGCCAACCAAACGGAAUUCUCCGUCGCGGAAAAUUGCGCCAUCAUGCCGUCCGGUUUGUACGUAAAGCUGCAGCUUCUCGUGCAUCGGGCUUCGUCCAGUCCGGAUAAACUUGCUGCAGGCGAAUUGUAUGAAUUUAUAGCACAAAGCUACGAUUUUCUCGAACAACCGAGUCUCACCACAACACCGAUGAUGGACCGCAUACUGGCGUUUAUGUUGCUUCAAUUGAUUUUACUUCUAAUAAAAUCGCGCUGUGAUUUGAGCGUACCUGAGCUGUUCCAACGGACCGUCAAAAUUUGGAAGCACAAAAAAUUGGCCCGCUUCUGUUUGCCACCACCGCCGGAACCGGAGGAAUCGCCUGGUGGUGGUGACGAAUCUCUAGCCGCGCACGAGCGGUCCCUUGUGUAUCCGGCAGAAAUAGAGCUAUAUCGUCGGAGGCAGAUGCAGCGAGACGCUAACUACGUAUUUUCCCAUCUGGUAAGCAAGCGCUUCAUCCGAAUGCUCGAAGCUACUGCCGCACCCACACCUCACUACGAAGCGUACGCAGAGCUCAUCACCGUACUACUCGAAGCGGAUGUCAUAACGAAGGAUUUAUUGAACGAUCAGUUCGUCACUUUAUUCCGCGAAGAUUGGCCACCGUCCACCCUGGAUCGUGUUUCGGUUGUUAUCAAGCGAGUACUGCAGAAGGGUGGCCCUGCAUCACGCCACGGCCGCCACAACAUCGACGAUUCGCACUCGGAAAUGUUUAUGGAAAUGUUGUCCGAUUUUGCGAGAGACAUUACCGAUCUUUGAUAUUCAGACAAUUGUUCACACUUUACUAGCUGUAAUAACCAUACGUACCAAGCAACGGUCCGGCGGCUAGCGCUUAGCUGGUACCGGACGUUGGUGUUCGAAUUGUAUGUUUUUUUGUUCGACUUAGGUGUAAUUAGGACAAUGAAUGGUGAUACAAUAAAACGCAUCAUAACUUUUUACAAA